AUGUCGGUGGCGGUGGAGCAGGCCGGCAUCGACUACCACGUGGUGCUGGCGCAGAACGCGCUGCAGCAGUGCCUGGAGGUGGGCGAGCUCCCGGACGAGCUGGUGUCGGCGCUGUGCAAGCAGUGCGCGCCGCACGCGCCCGCCAAGCACGCCGUCCAGAUUGAAGUAAUAGGUACUGCACAGUAUACAUUCUUGGUGUUACACUCUGGUCCCGAUGACGUCACAACCCCCAGUUCCCAACCCACCAACAUUUCAUUUGUACAGCAACUGCUGCUGUGCGCGACUCAGUCGUUGUUCACUUGCGACACGGGCGCCUCGUCAGUCGCCGGAGACAAGGGCGAUCUGCCGCAACACUCGGCCGGAUCGCCUAGUUCUAUACAGGCACCGCUACUCUCCGUGGACUGCAAGAGUAACCCUCCCACGUAUAGCUUCAUCCAGGGCUGGCAGCUGUUAGCGCUAGCCGUCAGUCUCUUCGUGCCCAGGAAUAAUAGGCUUCUCUGGUAUUUGAAGCUGCACUUGUCAAGGCAUUCGGACACUAAAACGGAAUGCGGUAAAUACGCAGCGUACUGCGCCCGCGCUCUGGAGCGUACCAUCCGCAACGGCGGCCGCACUGACAAACCUUCCCGGAUGGAAGUGCUCUCGAUCCUGCUCAAGAACCCCUAUCAUCACAGUCUACCGCACGCCAUUCCCGUCCACAUGCUGAACAAUACCUACCAAGUGAUAAGUUUCGACGGAUCAACGACGGUAGAGGAGUUCCUGUCCACUCUGAGUUCGGAGCUCGGGUGCCGCGAGUCUGCCGCGUCGGGAUUUGCCCUCUUUAGCGAUGAUCCUAUUGAAAAGGACUUGGAGCAUCAUAUCAAACCCGAUAAAAAGCUAUGUGACGUGAUAUCCCGGUGGGAGACCGCGCUACGAGAGAAGGGUUCGGGAAAGUUCGAGAACUCCCGCGUGAUCCGGCUCACGUACCGCAACCGGCUCUACUACAAGAGCUCAGUGCGGACGGAGACGGACAAGGAGCGACUGCUGCUGUGCUACCAGGUCAACCAGCAGGUGGUGGCAGGGCGGUUCCCGGUGAGUCGCGAGCUGGCUGCGGAGCUGGGAGCCCUGAUGGCCCAACUGGACAUGGGCGACUACUCCUCCACCAACACGCAACACAACCAGCCGCUGGCGCACCGCUUCUACCCGUACCGGUACCGCGCCGGUCUCACCAACGAAGAGCUCAGAGAUGUUGAAGAGAAACUACGCUCCAAGUGGAUAGCGCUGAAAGGGCGGAGCACCGUGGACUGCGUGAGGAUAUACCUCAACUGUACCAGGAAAUGGCCGUUCUUUGGAGCAACACUCUUCCAAGCCAGGAUAAAGCAGCCGGAACUGUCUCUGGUGUGGCUGGCUGUGAGUGAAGACGGUGUCACCGUGCUGGAGCUGGCUUCCAUGUCAGUCAUCGGACGGUACGCACUCACCUCCAUAGGACUCUUCGGUGGCCUGCAGGAUGACCUCAUGAUGCUGAUUGACGCAGAAGAUUCCACAAGUCCGGUUCACAAGAUGUUGAUAAGUCUCAAUAAACUAAAAAUGGCUGAGCUAACGCAUCUUAUAGCUGACUACAAGAACACGCUGCGUCCAAUCGGCACGGGCACGCCGCAGAUGAACUCCCUGACCCGCCACGGCAGCCACCGCUCCGUCCGCAAGCCUUCCUCGCAGCCCAACACGCUGCCACACGCGCACACACACACACACACGCACACACACACGCACACACUCAACUCUAACACAACCAUGACUCUGGGCUCGGAACGGAAUGCGACGCUCACUCUUAGCUCCCAGUCCACCAACCAACAUGUCGAUGCGAGAAUAUUGUCACACGGACAGCCCGAUAUAUUGAAAUCUACGCCCGAUCACAAGAAGCGAGCGCACACCCAAGAUGGCGUCGCGUAGGUCAGAAGAAAAGUUAAAAGAGUUCCCUUUAUAGCUUAGUAGGAAGAACUGCUAAAUCAUCAAAUGAAUCUACCUCUCAUUAUUAUGAUGAUAAAGUCACUUAUAAUUAAAUCUGAAGUUAGAUACCAACACUAAUCCUCCAGGGAACUUUUGUGAAACGGACUAUAAGGCUGAUUUUAAGAUCCAAUCGAAACGCAAUGAUAACUUAUAACGACCAAUCGAAAUGAGACAUUUAUGUCAUAGGAAUAACGUGAUUGGUCGAGAACUAGUUACAUAAACAAGAUGGCGGCGUUCUCAAUUCAUUAUAUCAAUAAUUUAGAUGCGAAUAUUAAAACAUAUUCGAUUCUAUCGUACAUAAUGCCGUAAUCAUAAUAUAUUCAUAACAGACGUCCUAUCAUAAUGGCGUCAAGUCGUCAGUUAGUGAAUGAAAACAUCACAAGUUGUUGAAUGCUACGCAGUUUUAUGUAAAAAAAACAUUAUUUACGACUAGUUAGACCAAAUAUGACUUGCUUUAAAUAACAUAAAGUCAAAUUGAAAAAAAAACCACUGUAUUUAAAUCAUACAUAUGCAGACAGGAAAAUAAUAAUUUUUGAAUUAUUUAAAAGUGAAAUAGUAAUGGAAAAUAUAAUAAUAUACCUCAUAUUUUGUAGUUCGGCCCGGUUCGGCUUGUAUUGUUAUUUUAUAUAUUUCAUCUGCGUAUUAGUGCUUUUGCUAAGACUUAUGUUACGCAGUUUUGUAUUGCUAUAGCAUAUACUUGGUAAAAAGGUUACUAUUUCCGUAUCGAAAGCCCUAAUGGGCUAAAUGUGCCAAAAUCUUUAUUUAAGACUUUAAUUUUUUUUUUAAAUAAUUGUAUAACUAUUCAAAUGGUUUGUUUCUCAGUUAUUUUUACCAUAUUUAUACUAAAUUUGGGGAUUUAUUCUAAAAAUUCACCAAUAUAUUUCCUCGAGAAAAAUCAUAUUAUAUUAUUAAAACCAUUGUCAUUAAUUCUUUUAACUGUUUGUGUUCAACUGUAACGCGUUCCAUAUUUAUUUACGAAUUUGAGUGCGUUUUCUGGAAUAUUUGUACCAAAAAUUACUGGUUACCUAUUUACCAAGUAUGUACAUUCGGGAUAUUUCAAAUGCUAACAUUUCAUAUAAUUUUUCUUAUAAAUGUAUUAAAAAUAUAGGAUUUUAAUAAAAAUAGUGUCUUUCCUAGAUUUUAGCAUACUUAUUACUUGUAUCUGUCCAUAAUGUUUGUGAUUAAGUGACAAUAAUUUAAUUAUUUAAUAUUACUUAUAUCUAUGAAUAGCACGAUUUAGUACAGAUCUUGAGCGGUGACUGAAUUUGAAGUGCGCUUAGAAUAUUAUGCGUCGUUUCGGAACCCCCAAUACACGCAAUAUGUAGGCGGGGCAUAACGCAAAGUAACUUCGAGAAAUGAUUAGAUGUUUUGUUUGUAUCUACCAAAUUUUUUGAAGUGGGCGUUAUUGUGCGGAAAUCCAUAAUUAUUCAAAUGUUGUGAGCCUUCUUGAGUGUAAUUUCCGCUAAAAUUCGUCUUCAAUCAAUUCGACACGUGUUUCGCUUCUACAUGAGGCAUCCUCAGGAGAUGUUGACUCUCCAAAUUCAGAAAGGAGAAUGUUCAGUCACCGCUCAAGAUCUGGUGAGUCUCGUACCAGAAUUGGGCGAGUCAACAUCUCCUAAUGAUGCCUCGUGUAGAGGCGAAACAAUUGUAGAUUUGAUUGAAGACACAACAAUUGAUUUACAAUUUUUCUGUAAUUUUGACUGUGAGCUGGUUACAUAUAGUUAUAUCGUUGACAUCGCAUUGCAUACAGAUUAAACCUAUUUUCUACUUUCCACAUAAAUAUAAUAACAUCGCUCAAGUUCAUGUCUCAGAGUCUAUAUUAAUGAUUUGUUUAGUAACUUGAAAGCGUAUCUAUUUUUAUUGCAGCAUUUGAAAAUAUAACUUGAAUUAUUUGAUCGGUAUCGGUUAUGUAUGGGAAACGACAAAAUAGUGUACAGUAACAUUAUGUAUGUAUAUUAGAGAUAAUAAUAGCGAAUAACUUCAAUUUAUGCAUGCAAAUUUAAUAUGCAAAAAUUUAUAAAUAAUUCAUUCUUCGCCUUAGUAGUGGCUAUGUGAAAGACAGAUAGGCAGAGGACACAGACUCAGAUAUUGUCGCUAAGAAUUGAAACUUAAUUAGUUAUUUUAGAAUUACUACCAUUGCUUUCAAUGCUUGAUUUAUUCAAAUAGCACACUACGGUGUUUGAAAGGAUUCUAACAAAAAAUAAAAGAAGCAAAUUCUCUUUAUUUUUUUGUUAUUUAUCGAAAAAUAAAUGAUUUACAUCUAGUUUUUUAGAUUUUCUUAAAUAUCGCCGUUUGAUGUCUUCGAAAAUGUUAGCAUUUCGAAAUACCCCAACCACUGUGCAGGGUACAAAGUUAGAUGAACGUAGCGAUAGAUACCACAUAGAUUCCAAAGAUUACAUUUGUUUAAGUAGAGACAUUAGAACAUGAGUUAUUUCGUACAUUCUUUUAUGAAGAACUAUCCUCGUUAUUUGCUUAUUAACUAUCCAAUUCAUAAUAGAAUAUACUUAUAGAAUAUAGAUGUUAUAUGUAGCUAUAGAAAUACACGCAGAUAUUUUAUUUAACAAUACUAUGGAUUCCAGAUGUGUUUAUUUUGAGAGGUUCCUGUGAGGCAAAUGGCGGGGAUAAUAAUUAUAGUGUAGUAUAAUAUGUUCGUGUUAGUAACAUAACACUCCUGUAUACAAUAAAUCUAUUUAUAUUUAUAGUUUGGGAUGUAUUUAAAAGGUCAGUUUCGCCUGCAUUCAAUCCUAAUUUCGAGCAAAUAAAACAUAAUAUUUAAGACAAAAUUUGCCUAGCGAAACUGCAUUAAAUAUUGACGUUAUAUAAUAAGAAACAUAACUGAAGAAAAACUCGAAUGAAACAAAAUUAAUCUGAUCAAUUAAAUUAUCUCUUCUAUCUCUCUCAAUCUCAUUUCAAUAUGAAUAUCAGUCCUUAAUGUUAUAGAGAUAAAUGUUACUAUAGUGAAUAAAUUGAUCAAGCUAUCGAACUAAUAUGGACUGAACUCUUAAUAAGAUCAACGAAUCUCAUAAUUAGGUGAUAUUAGAUCGUUUAAACAAGAAAGUUGUGAGAAAGUAUGACUAAAUAAGAAUCAGUUUUUUUUUAAAUAAUUAAUUGUUUAAAUUUUUAAGCGUACUGUAUUUGAUUGAAUAUUAAUUAAUACAUAUUUUUAGUCAAACUUUGUUAUAUUUAAGUUCUUGAAAAUUAAGAAUAUGUAUCUAACUAUUUAUUUAGCUGUGCAUUCAUACUUUAAAGAACUUGGAGAUUAAAAUUAAUUAAGUAAUGAGGCGUUAUAUCGUGUUAUCUUGAAGAUAUCUUGUCAAAUUUUCUCAUUUACGGGCUGUUUCAUAAUGUCUAAGUUAAGUAGCAGAUUGUCCUAUGACAUAAGUAUCUAUUCGUAACUUUACUUGGACAUUGUGAAGCAGCCCAAAAGUAGCAAAAUUAGGCCUGCUGACAAAUGAGUGUUGAUAAAAAUAAUGAUAGUAAAAUGGCGUGUGUUGUUUCACGAUUUUUAAAAAAGCAACAUUUGUGAUGAAAUAAUCAAUUUCAGUUUUGAAACUGCAGCCUUGAUAAGUUGCUGACUUUGUCAAAUAAUAAGCUAUAUUCUUAACUGUGUUUUGAUUUUGGGAUAUUUUUGAAAAAAUGUUCAUUUGUAACUAAGAUAACUUUUAAUUAGAAAACUCAUUAAAAAUUACCAAUACCAUUCUUACUGCAUACUAGCAUUUAUACUGUGCUAUCUCUCGAAUCAUAAAGUAGUCACGUCAAAUGUUUGUAUAACACUCAACAACUCACUAUUGAGUCGCGGAUUAGUGUGAAUUUCGGACAAUGACCCGAUGCCACCCAUCUCUGUUACUCAUGUAUUUUAUUCGGAAUGAAAUAAAUACUUAUGAAUACAGUAAUGUAAAUUUGAUAAAAGACCAUGUUUGGUAAUGAUAUAGAUAAAAAAAUUGUUAACGAAUAUCUGAACAGGACUUCAAAAGACAAUGACUAUGUCCAUACUAAAUCUCAUUGAAAUUUGUUCGUUAGACACACGGAAUUACUUUCAAAUAAUAGUAUCAGUAUACACAUACGCUAUACAAGGUUACAAAACUGAUUUAUUACUUUUGUUCUUCGAAUACAUUUAACUAUAAAUAAAGUUAAUCUAAAAUGAAAAAAAUAUUUAAUUUUAUUAUCAUUCCAUCUCGCUCAAACGGAAAUAUUGUUAGCUUAUAUUGUAAGGCAGCUGGCACCGCGACAGUACAGAACCCAAACGUUGAGAAUCAAAUCGUAUUAAAUUAGAUUUUAGAUAUUCGAUUGCACUUUUUGCAUUUCACCUUACUGUUGUUGAUAUUGUAUAGACAUUGUAUAUUUUAUAUCUAGUGACGAUUUUUUAUCAUCUAGAUGGGCUAAGUUGUAUAGUUAAGUAGUAUGUGAGGUAGGUAUUUAUUUGUAAUUCGCCUUUAAGUUAUACUAAGUUGGCCUAAGUCGACGCCUAAUGUAAUUAGGGCCUCAGUUUUGUAUGAUCGGAUUUUGCUGAUUUUUUUUUUUGUUUGUUUUAUGAAAUGGUAAUAAAUAUGUAUAGAUAA